AAAGAAAUGACGUCGGUUUGAGCAUCUGCCAUCUGCCAGCUGAAGCGGCCGAUCGCAUUUUCCCCUCCCUCCUCUACGAAGUAUGACCGAGGUAGUAUUGGGCAUCCUCGAUGAUGAUAUAAUGCUUCCGAUGAUCAGAUGCUGUUCUGAAUCAUAACGACGAAUCCGGAGAGUUGAGAGUAGCAGCAGCCCUGCGGGGAAGAGAAACCACAGACGUUCGAGAAGAUUACUGGAAGCGGCAAUACACGCCUCCUCUUUUCUUAUUUUUUCUCGUCUCUCUCUCUCUCUCUCCACCUUUUCCUUGUCCGAUGAUCAGAUCGAUCGCCAACGGGCUUUGACUUCCCUCCCUUACGCCGUACAGUAGUCUCGCUGCAAAGGGCCCUGCAGUGCAUUGGUACCGGCCUGCUGGUUGGAGUCCCGGUAGACUAUAUGUACCUGUGCUGGCGUGAACGAACUUUAAUCGCGGGGUUGUUAUUGGCAGAACGGCCGCGGUCGAUCACCGGCUCGGAGGGAAUCGCGAGAUGCUCUUUGCUGGCCGGAGUUGCUAUUCUUCCGGAUCAGCGGAGAGGAAAGAUGAAAAGGGACAGACGUGUCCGAGGACCUGGACAGCUUGUCUUCUUCCAAGCCCCCUUAAUUGGUCAUUCGCCCAAGUAUUUGGAAUGGCGCUUGGCAUCCUUGGCCAGUCACCAACUCAACGCGGGAUCCUCUUGGACCAGUUGCACCGGGGAGGCAAGGAGGAGGAGGAAUGUGUCGACGGCGGACAGUAGGUCGGUCGCUGUAGCUCCGGACUCCGGGAAAGACCGGGGACCGACCACUCUCCCACGCCGAUGGGGGUGGAAUGUCCAGAGGGGAGGGAUGAGCACUGAGCAAGGGGCAGUCGAAACGGGGACCACUCGGUUCUUCAACUCCGCCUCUCAAGUGAAGGGAUCCCCCAUCUUCAUGGUUGCAUGGGGUGAAAUGUAUAUGCCUUGGCCAUCUUGGCGGCCCUCUUGGCCGUCUCAUGUGCAAGGGCGUACCCCCCAUGUGCGACUAGAUUACUGCAUUAGCGACCAUCUUAUCUUCCGUGUACCCGAUACCUGGUAUACGGGAGCGAGGAGGAGUAGGCUGAUUAACCCAUGGAUGGGAUGUCUGAUGUCCGGGGGUGGAUUUAGCUCAACAGCCAGGGGAGUCGACGAUGAUUUGCCAAUUGACCGAGUCCAAGACCCCGAUCCAUCAAUCACGAUGGUUGUACGGGGUACAGAUGGACAAUGCCGGGCACCUUGUUGCCGUGCCGGACUGGCGAGUCGCUGGGACUUUUUUUUCUGGGGCAUGGAUUACUCGAUUGGGUGCGUCGUGCAUCGCAACUUGAAGCCGGCGCGAAUCCAAGCGCGAGUCCCGUGCUGGUGGAGAGGGCAAGAGGAGGAGAAAGCCAUCGACGGUCCAGUCAGCGUCGUUAGGGCAUCGACCUAGGGAGAAUAAAAUCCCUCAUACAAACCGCUCUUAGGCCGACGUCGGCCAUUAAGGUACAAGGCUCUAACUCUUAGUCGCCUUAGCUGCAGGCCAAUGACACCACCGCAGCAGGACUUUUGAUCCUGGGCGCGGAGGUCGAUAAGCGGACGUAUUAAUCCUUAAUCCUAAUCCUGGGUAG